AUGGCCAAGCCUACUCAUACAGUACCUGAACAAAUAAGCCAAAGCACAAGAUUUUAUCCUUACUUUAAGGAUUGUAUUGGAGCUAUUGAUGGCACACACAUUUAUGCAAUGGUAAAAGGUCAUGAAAAAGCUAGUUAUCGUAAUCGAAAAAGAUUCCUUUCGCAAAACGUACUAGCUACCUGUAACUUUGAUCUCGAGUUCAUGUAUGUUUUAAGUGGAUGGGAAGGUUCGGCUCACGACUCAAAAGUUUUACAAGAUGCCUUAACAAGAAGAACUAAUCGACUGCAAGUUCCGGAAGAAGAUGAUGAUGAAGAAACUGAAAAUCAUAAUUCAGAAGAGAAUGAUGAUACAGGAAAUGUUGAGCCCCAAGAUCAAGAAAGAGAAUAUGCAAGACAAUGGAGGGCGACCAUAGCUGCAGAUAUGUGGAGAGAUGCUACUAUUAUUGGUAGCCAAAGAUAA